UCAGCUCUUUGCUCAGGAUUUUGGGGACCCUUCACCAUGUCUCGGCAGUCCUGUGCUCUUGGCAGGGGGUUCAGCUCCAGCUCUGUGUGUUUCGGGGGCAAGAACAAGGUCACAUUCAGCUCCAUGCCCCGCGGGGGAUGCCGGGGAUCUGGGGGUGCCGGUGGAUUCAGCACCAGGAGCCUCUAUUCUCUGGGGGGCAGUAAAAGCACCUCCCUGGGAGGAUUCGGUGGGGCUGGUGGCACCUGCAGAGGCUUUGGUGGCCAAGGAGGCUUUGGCUUUGGGGCAGGAGCAGGAGUUGGGGGUGGCUAUGGUGCAGGGUGCUUUGGUGGCGGCCUCAGCAGUGGCUUUGGUGGCUUUGGUGGAGGAUCUGAUGGUGGGAUGGGGGGCCAGGGCUUCCCUCUGUGCCCCCCGGGUGGUAUCAGGGAGGUGACCAUCAACCAGAGCCUGCUGGCCCCCCUCAACCUGGAGAUUGACCCUGAGAUCCAGAAGGUUCGGACACAGGAACGAGAGGAGAUCAAGAAACUCAAUGACAAGUUCGCGUCCUUCAUCGACAAGGUCCGGUUCUUGGAGCAGCAGAACCGAGUCCUGGAGACCAAGUGGAAGCUGCUGCAGGAACAGGGCGGUACAGGAACAGGGGGCAGGAACCUGGACCCCUUCUUUGAGACUUACAUCAGUGGGCUGAGGAAGCAGUUGGAUUGUCUCUCCAGUGAGAAGCACCAGCUGGAGAUGGAGCUGAAGAGCUUCCAGGACAUGGUGGAGGACUUCAAGACAAAGUACGAGGAGGAAAUAAACAAAAGGACAGCAGCUGAGAAUGAAUUUGUGCUCCUGAAGAAGGACGUGGAUGGAGUCUACAUGACCAAGGUGGAGCUCCAGGGAAAACUGGAUUCUCUGUCAGAUGAGAUAAACUUCCUCAAGUGUCUUUACGAAGCAGAGCUGUGCCAGGUGCAGAAGACUGUGUCUGACACCUCAGUGGUGCUGUCCAUGGACAACAACCGGAACCUGGACCUGGACAGCAUCAUCGCUGAGGUCAAGGUGCAGUAUGAGGAGAUCGCCAACCGGAGCCGCACCGAGGCCGAGUCCUGGUACCGGUGCAAGUAUGAGGAGCUGCAGGCAACUGCAGGCAAACAUGGGGACAGCCUCAAGGAUACCAAGAUCGAGAUCUCAGAGCUCAACCGCAUAAUCCAGAGGAUCCGAGCUGAGAUUGAGAGUGUGAAGAAGCAGUGUGAGACUGUUCAGACAUCAAUUGCGGACGCGGAGCAGCGUGGGGAGGUGGCUCUCAAGGAUGCCAGAGACAAACUGGCUGAGCUGGAGACAGCCCUGCAAAAAGCCAAGGCUGAGAUGGCCCGACAGCUCAGGGAAUAUCAGGAGCUCAUGAACGUCAAACUAGCCCUGGAUGUGGAGAUUGCAACCUACAGGAAGCUGUUGGAGGGCGAGGAGUGCAGGAUGUCUGGAGAGUGCCAGAGCUCUGUCAGCAUCUCUAUGGUGGGCGGCAGCAGCUCUGUGGGAGGUGGAUACGGCAGCGGAUUGUGCCUUGGAGGAGGAGGAAUUGGCUUUGGAAGUGGGAAAGGCAGCUGCAACACAGGCAGUGCUGGUUUAUGCUUCAGCCUGGGAGGGGGUGGAUUUGGUGCUGGGGGUGGAUUUGGCUCCCUGGGUGGGGGAUCUAACUCAGUGGUGGUGGGGGGAUCUGGCACCAUCCUGAAGAACAGUGGCCCCACUGGCCGGAGGGCAUAG